AUGGCUUGCAUUCCCUUCUCAUUACCAGCUCCUGAAAUAACAUGUGGGAGGUCUCAUUCCUCCCUCACUGUACCAACAAACUCUAGUCACUGUUGUGUUGCUCCGAAGAUAAAGAGAUUGAGACUCACAACCACUCACUUACGAAGGCGGCGAUUCCCUUGCAAGCCACUUCGAGCUUUACAACCGACCGGGCCGGAAGAUCUGAAUCACCUGGCCGAUAAAGUGCCGCCUUCGCCUUUGCUAGAACUGACUCAGAAGUUCUACUCAUCCCUAAAUGACCAGGACAUCAAAAGUUUAGAGAAGCUGAUUGCUCCUGGCUGCAAAAUUGAAGAUAAAGCAUAUUAUAAGCCACUGCAAGGAAAGAGUAUUCACAAGUAUUUUGAAAGACUAGUAGAAGCCAUGGGAAAGAACGUCACUUUCACCGUUGAUGAGAUCUGCGAAGGAGGACGCUUAACGAUUGCAAUAAGAUGGCACCUUGAGUGGAAAGGAAAGAAAAUACCCUUCACCAAUAGCUGCAGCUUCUACAAAUGUUCGAGAGAUGGUGAAGCACUUCUUAUUAAGGAAGCUCAUGUCUUUGUUGAGUCGCCACUCAAACCAGGAGAUCUUGCACCGAAAAUGCUGAAGUUGAUCACCUUCCUAUUUGAUAGGUUGCCAAAUCUCGCGGAGAGUUUCCUAAAUAAGCCUGAUGCAGUUGUUUACUAUGUGAUCAAGUUUUGUCAGAUCUUCGUGAAGCCUUUGAUCCUUCCACUUGUGGCAUACUAUAGCUUCAUUUGGGCAUUUGUAGCUAAAAUUUUAGCUAUUGCUUUAAGCAUCUUGCGAAAAAUUUCAAAGAUCUUUGGCUGAAAGCCAUGGAUGUUUUGUAAAUAUCUCGAUAGAAAUUUACCAGAAUACCCAUACAUACUGUCAAUUGUCAUCUCACUGCUUGAAAUCUCCAGUUACAAGAGAAUAAUCAAGAAGCAAAGAACAGGUGAUAAUGGAGGGUUCCUGGAACAAUAGCCAUUCAACAUUCUCGUUCAUCACUUGAGCUGCUUCCUAAAUAUCAUCCUUCUACGCUUCUGCAGCAUUAAAACAAGUCACUUCUCGUCUCACAGUAGCUUUAGUCAAAGAAUGGUGAGAAACAACAUUUUGUGUAAAAGGGUUGUAAAGUAGAACAAAGAUGAUAGUUCUAGAGGUUGAUUAUCAGUUAUCUUGGCAUUCUUA